GUUUCCCCCGCAGGCCCCAGCAUGGGGCUGAAGCCCUGGCAGAAGGCGCUGUUCCCUCUCCGCUCCGUGGCCGCCGUGGUUCGGCUCUUUGAGGCCGAGCUGCGGCAGCCCGAGCCCGACCUGGUGCUGCUGUCGCUGGUGCUGGGUUUUGUGGAGCAUUUCCUGGCCGUCAACCGCGUCCUCCCCACCAAUGUCCCCGGGCUCACCUUCGAGUCUCGGCCCGGGCCGGACCCCCACACCCGGUUGUACUUCCCGGUGGCCGAGCUGUCCAUCGUGGCCGCGCUCUACGCCCGCUUCACGGCGCAGAUCCGGGGGGCCGUGGAUCUGUCCCUGUACCCCCGGCCCGACGGCUGCUCCUCCCGGGAGCUCGUCAGGAAAGUGUCCGAUGUCAUCUGGAACAGCCUCAGCCGCUCCUACUUCAAGGACCGGGCUCACAUCCAGUCCCUCUUCAGCUUCAUCACGGGUACGAAGCUGGACAGCUCAGGUGUGGCCUUUGCCGUGGUCGGGGCCUGCCAGGUGCUGGGGCUGCCGGACGUGCACCUGGCCCUGAGCGAGGACCACGCCUGGGUGGCCUUUGGGGCCGGGGGGUCCCAGACUGCCGAGGUCACCUGGCAUGGAAAAGGCAACGAGGACAGGAGGGGACAGCCCGUGCAGGCCGGGGUGGCCGAGAGGAGCUGGCUGUACCUGAAGGGCUCCUACCUGCGCUGCACACGGCACAUGGAGGUGGCGUUCAUGGUUUGUGCCAUCAACCCGUCCAUCGACGGCCACACCGACAGCCUGGAGCUGCUGCAGCUGCAGCAGCGCCUGCUGUGGCUGCUCUACGACAUGGGGCACCUGGACAGGUACCCCAUGGCGCUGGGGAACCUGGCUGACCUGGAGGAGCUGGAGCCCACCCCUGGCAGACCCGACCCCCUCACCCUGUACCACCAGGGCAUCCACUCAGCCCGCACCUACUACAACAACGAGCACAUCUACCCGUACCUGUACCUGGCCGGGUUCCACUGCCGCAACAAGAACGUCAAGGAGGCCCUGGAGGCCUGGGCUGACACGGCCACCGUCAUCCAGGACUAUAAUUAUUGCCGUGAGGAUGAGGAGAUCUACAAGGAGUUCUUUGACGUGGCCAACGAUGUCAUCCCCAACCUGCUCAAGGAGGCGGCGGCCGAGCCCCCCCCGGGGGCUGAGGUGGGACCUGCACUUGGGGACCCCCAGAUUUGGGGGACCCCUGGGUGGGGGAGCCCUGCCUGGGCCCUGCAGGACCCCGAGUGCUUCGCUCACCUGCUGCGAUUUUACGACGGAAUCUGCAGGUGGGAGGAGGGGAGCCCCACCCCCGUCCUGCACGUGGGCUGGGCCACCUUCCUCGUGCAGUCCCUCGGCCGCUUCGAUGGCCAGGUACGCCAGCAGGUCACCCUGCUCUCAGAGGACCCUGCCCCGCCCGAGGCAGAUUUGGGGGGCCCCGAGGACCCCCGCGAUUGUCGCCGCCGGGGUCCCCGCCGCGAAUCCAAACCCGAGGAGCCGCCCACCCCCAAAAAACCCACGGAACGCCGCCCCCCUCCCCGAGCCCCCCGCCCCGAGGAGACCCCAGCAGCACCACCAGCACCCCCACCACCCCCCCCAGCCCCCGCACCCCCUGCGGCCCCCCCGGCCCCCGGCACCCCCGGGACCCCCGGGCCGGCCCCGGCCGCGCCCCCUCCCCUGCCCCCGGGCCCGGUGCUGCGGUUCCGCUCGCAGAAGAUGCGGGGGAUGAAGGAGCUGCUGCGGGCGGCCAAGGUCAACUCGAGCGCCAUCAAACUGCAGCUCACGGCCCAGUCCCAGGUGCAGCCGCGCCGACCCCGAGCCCCCCCCGGCGCCUACCCCCUGCCCUUCCUCAAGAGACCCCGGAAAGGCUCGUAGGGAUCCCCCAAAAAAAUCCCAGAAAAUCCGAAAAUCCCAGCCUGGAGCGGUCCCGGGUGCAGCCGCCUCUUCCCAUUUCUCAGCAGAGCACAGGAGGGUCCCAAAACAAUUAGGAAUCCCAAAAAUCGCCAAGAUACCCAGCGCCC